CUCCCCACUAAUAAUCAUCAGACACCACUUCCUGACAAAUCUCUUAAUUCUACGCCUCCUACCUCUACACCUACUUAUAUCGCUCCCACACGCACUCCCAAUUACUCAACUCAAUUGACUUCCCCACUUCUUCACACUCUACACACACCAUGAACGGCGCCCAAUUCACAGACCGAGCCAACAAGGCCCUGCUGGACUCCAGCAGCUUGGCUGAACAAUACUCUCACUCUCAAAUCCUUCCCGUUCACCUCGCAGUCUCUCUACUCAACCCCUCUCCAGAUGAAUCCAAAGACCAACAAGCACCCGCCCAUCCAUCCCACGAGACCUCCUCUGCCCCUCUUUUCCGCCAGGUCGUUGAACGUGCCCACGGCGACCCACAGCUCCUCGAAAGAGCCCUCAUGAAACUGCUGGUCCGCCUCCCCUCUCAGGAUCCUCCUCCCGAGACCGUCAGCGUCUCUCCUGCCCUAGCCAAAGUCAUACGUUCUGCCUCAGACCUGUCCAAGACACAAAAGGACAGCUAUGUCGCCAUCGACCACCUCAUUCUAUCGGUCUCUCAGGACUCUCAAGUCCAGCGGGCACUGGCGGAUGCCAGCAUUCCCAACGUCAAAUUGAUCGACACGGCCGUGCAGCAGAUCCGCGGUACGAGACGGGUUGAUUCGAAGACUGCCGAUGCCGAAAGCGAGAACGAGAACCUGAAGAAGUUCACAAUUGACAUGACCUCCUUGGCCAGAGAAGGCAAGAUCGACCCCGUUAUUGGCCGUGAAGAAGAAAUCCGUCGGGUGAUCCGGAUCCUCAGUCGACGAACCAAGAAUAACCCGGUGCUUAUCGGUGAGCCCGGUGUCGGGAAAACCACUAUCGUCGAAGGGCUGGCUCGUCGGAUUGUGAACGCAGAUGUUCCGGCCAAUCUAGCUCAAUGUCGACUACUCUCUCUUGAUGUCGGUUCGCUUGUUGCAGGCAGCAAGUACCGUGGUGAAUUCGAAGAGCGGAUGAAGGGCGUUCUAAAGGAGAUUGAAGAAUCCAAAGACACCAUUGUUCUCUUCGUCGAUGAAAUUCAUUUGCUCAUGGGCGCAGGCUCAAGCGGCGAAGGUGGAAUGGACGCUGCCAACCUGCUAAAGCCGAUGCUGGCUCGUGGUCAGCUGCACUGCAUCGGUGCCACUACGUUGAGCGAAUACCGCAAAUAUAUCGAAAAAGACCAGGCCUUCGAACGCCGUUUCCAACAGGUUCUCGUCAAAGAGCCGUCGGUUUCGGAAACAAUUUCCAUUCUGCGUGGUCUCAAGGAAAAGUACGAGGUGCACCACGGUGUCAACAUUCAGGACGGCGCCAUCGUUUCCGCGGCAGAGCUGGCCUCACGUUAUUUGACAGCACGCAGGCUCCCUGACUCGGCUGUUGACCUGAUCGAUGAAGCGGCGGCUGCCGUGCGAGUGACCCGCGAAUCUGAGCCCGAAGAGUUGGACAACCUGGAGAGAAAGCACCGCCAAUUGCAGAUCGAAAUCCAUGCCCUCGAGCGUGAGAAGGACGAUGCUUCCAAGGCCCGUCUGGCAGCGGCCAAGCAAGAAGCAGCCAAUGUCGCCGAAGAGCUGCGGCCAAUGCGCGAGAAGUAUGAGAGCGAGAAGCAGCGCAGCAAAUCCAUCCAAGAUGCAAAGAUCAAGCUCGACACCCUCCAGGUCAAGCGAGAUGAAGCGGAGCGCUCUGGUGACAACCAGACCGCCGCCGAUCUCGAAUACUACGCCAUUCCCGAGACCAAGCAGCUCAUUGAGCGACUCGAAUUAGAGCGUGCCAAGGCCGACACUGAGCAGCGGGAGCGUCAGGGCGAGGCGGGCCAGGCGUUGCUUGCAGAUGCGGUCGGUCCUGACCAGAUCAACGAAAUCGUUGCCCGUUGGACCGGUAUCCCUGUGACGCGGCUCAAGACCACCGAGAAGGAAAAGCUGCUGAACAUGGAGAGACAUCUUGGCAAGGUGGUUGUAGGCCAGAAGGAGGCUGUGCAGUCGGUCUCGAAUGCCAUCCGACUCGGAAGAUCCGGUCUCAGCAACCCCAACUCGCCGCCCAGCUUCCUCUUCUGCGGCCCCUCCGGAACUGGUAAGACCUUGCUGACCAAGGCCCUGGCGGAGUUCCUCUUCGACGACCCCAAGGCCAUGAUUCGCUUCGAUAUGUCUGAAUACCAGGAGCGGCACUCGCUGAGCCGUAUGAUCGGUGCUCCUCCGGGAUACGUCGGUCACGACGCGGGUGGUCAGCUCACUGAGAGCCUCCGUCGUCGUCCGUUCUCUAUCCUCCUCUUCGACGAAGUCGAGAAGGCAGCCAAGGAAGUUCUUACCGUUCUCCUCCAGCUCAUGGAUGAUGGGCGUAUCACCGAUGGACAAGGCAGAAUUGUCGAUGCCAAGAACUGCAUUGUGGUCAUGACUUCCAACCUGGGCGCCGAGUUCCUCUCUCGUCCGACCACCAGGGAUGGCCGCAUGGAUCCCCAGACGCGCGAGUUGGUUCUGAAUGCCCUCCGCAACUACUUCCUUCCCGAGUUUCUGAACCGCAUCUCCAGUGUCGUCAUCUUCAACCGUCUCACUAGGAAGGAGAUACGCAAGAUCGUCGACCUCCGCCUGGACGAGGUCCAGAAACGACUGAAGGAUAAUGGCCGCAAUUUGGUUAUCGAUUGCUCCGACGAAGUCAAAGACUACCUCGGCCAAUCCGGAUACUCGCCCGCGUACGGUGCUCGUCCCUUGGGUCGGAUCAUCGAGCGCGAGAUCCUCAACCGUCUGGCCAUCCUCAUCCUCAGUGGCAGAAUUCGCGACGGUGAAGUUGCCCGCGUCAUCAUGCACGAUAAUCGCAUCGAAGUGCUCCCCAAUCAUGAGCCUGAAGACAUCGAUGAGGAACCUAUCGACGAACCUAUGGUGGACACCGAUGAAGAAGUCUUCGCGGAGAUGGAAGACGGCAGUGGUGACAUGGAUCUGUACGAGUAAACCGACUUGACAAAAGUUGACUGAUUGCUCUGCAUUUUUAUGUUUGGAACAGAUUUUUUCCUUUACGAUUGACGAUGAUACGGUUGCUUGUUUUCCUUUCUUGCCUUCUUAUAUGUUCUCUACAUCUGCAUUUCCCUGAUGAAAAUGACUGUACAGUCGAGUCGGCCUUGCUUGUUUAUAGCUAGCAUGAUGCAUGCACAUAUCUAUGUACACUAAUUUGAUAAUCGGUUGAACCGAAUGUUACUUAUCUAUCCUUUCAAUAAGUAUUAAGUACAAUUGAGUACUUCUCCAG